AGCAACAAUACAACGCCUUGUUCGCUAAGUUCCCCUUUCCAACACGAUCUCUGCAGCGGCGCCUGAAGCGUUCACUAAACAGUCUCCUUUCCUUCUCUUUCCCUUCCCCCCUCGCUCUACUACAAACUCUGAUAAUGAGCCUUCCGACCCUCGAGACGUGCCGCCAGCUGUUCGGCGACGUGUUGCGCGCUGCCGUUGCUGUGCAGAUGCUGGACGCGGAGUCGCACGGGCACUCGCACGCAGACUCGCACGGGCACUCGCACACGGACUCACAUGCGGCCGGCGGUGAUGACGGACAUGGCCACGCGCACGGCGACGGCGACGGUGACGGCGAUCACGGCCACAGUCACGGGGAUCAUGACCACAGUCACGGCGAUCACGGCCACAGCCACGGGUGCGCGAGCAUGGAGGGCGAGUAUGCGCUGGGGCUGCACAUUGCUGCGAUCUUCAUCAUCCUCGCCGCGUCGCUGCUCGGCACGCUGAUCCCGCUGGUGGGCAAGCGCGUGCCUGCGCUGCGUCUGCAUCCGUACGUGUACGCUGUGGGCAAGUCCACCGCGACCGGCGUUGUGCUUGCUGUCGCGAUGAUCCACAUGAUCAACCACGCUGCUGUUGUUUUCGCUGCAGAAUGUGUGCCCGAGAACUUCCGCGAGAUGUACGAGGGGUGGGCGUUCCUGUUUGCGAUGAUCGCUGCGGUGCUGAUGCACGCCGUGGACGGGACCAUUGUAUGGGUAGCGGAGCGCUGGAGCAAGCGUGCCGCUGUGCGCGCCGGUGCGACGGAGCCGUGCAACGACUCGCUGUGCAAGGAGUGCCCUGAGCGCGAGGCGGAGGCCCGGCAGCGUGGCGCCGACAAGCCGGACAGCCGACAGGACAGUGGUGAGGGCGACGAGAUGGCUGCAGUUGUACUGAGCCCCGACGGUGCGGAUGGCAAGCGCGACGUCGACGAGGUGGCGUGCCACGGCCACCAGCACGGUGUGGCGGUGCCGUCGGACAUGCCGCUUGUGCAGCGCGUUGUUGCCGCGAUCUGCAUGGAGUUCGGUGUGACGCUGCACAGCGUGUUCGUGGGCCUUGCACUCGCCGUGUCCAACGGGAGCGACCUGCGCGCACUGAUCAUUGCGCUUGUGUUCCACCAGAUGUUCGAGGGCCUCGCGAUGGGAGCCCGUCUCGCGGAUGCUUCUUUCAAGCUGUCGCUGGAGAUUCUUCUGAUGCUCGUGUUCUCGUUCUCCGCGCCGAUCGGCAUUGCCGCUGGCACCGGCGCCGUGGUUGCGUCGCGCGACGCGUUCUCGGGCCCGUCGUACGCGAUCGUGAGCGCCGUGCUGGACUCGAUCUGCGGCGGCAUCAUGCUGUACAUCGCCUUCAACCUGCUGUUCGUGGACUUCGCGUUCGACAUCUGCACGCACUGCAGCGCUGGCCGCCCUUACGCCAUCAUCAAGCGCAUGGGACUGUACGCGGGUCUGUGGGUUGGCGCCGGCGUGAUGGCCGGGAUCGGUAAGUGGCUGUAG